UCACACAACCGCAUUGUUGUUGGGGGAAGAGAAGCUCGGGCAGUUGCUGAGCUCUGCCACUUCCAACUGCUCACAAACAGUCCUAUCGAUCAGUGUUUACCCUGAUCACAGUGUCACACCAGGACCCGGCUCCGUCGCCCUGGAUACCUGUCGGUUACUUUCAAGUUUAACCGGGUUCAGCGCGAGCCGCGGCCGCCGUUGGGUGAGCGGACUGGAUGUGGAUUUAACUGUCGCUUCGCUCCGGAGGCCGCGCCGCCAUUGCUGCUGUUUUUAUAAGCUCAAUUCGUGAAAAUACCAAGGUCUUUACGGCUUCAAAAUGAAGAAAAAGGGUCGACAACAGCGUCCGGCGGUUCUGAAGCGGGACUCUUCACCCAUCAAGCCGUCGCCCAACAGGGAGACGCUGACAUAUGCACAGGCUCAGCGGAUAGUGGAGCUGGAGGUGGACGGCCGCGUGCACCGGCUCAGCAUCUACGACAAGCUGGACGUCAUCACAGACGACGACCCCACAGCUCAGGAGAUCAUGGAGUGCAACAGCAACAAGGAGAAUAACGAGAAGCCCCAGCAGGUCCUGGUGCGCUCUGUGCGCCUCAAAAACAACCAGCAGAAGAAGAAUGCAGCGCGCACCGCCUCCAACGGCGGCACUGGCACGCAGGGCAGUACCGGAGGCCUGCUGGAGCCAAAGGUUAGAACGGUUGAAUACAAUCUGCCGGUGGUCCCAAAGAGGCCGGUGGCGUAUUACAAAUACACAGAGAGGACAGAGGAGGAACUGGACGAGGAGGUGGAGUACGAUAUGGACGAGGAGGACUACGCCUGGCUAGAGCUAAUCAACGAGAAGAGGAAGAGCGAGGGCAUCAGCCAGGUGUCGCACAAUCUGUUUGAGUUCCUCAUGGACCGCUUCGAAAAGGAGUCGUACUCUGCCACGCAGGGUCAGAGCGACCUGCAGUCGCUGGUGGAUGAGGACGCCGUCUGCUGCAUCUGCAUGGAUGGAGACGGAGCCGACAGUAACGUUAUCCUCUUCUGUGACUCUUGCAACAUUGCCGUGCACCAGGAGUGCUACGGGGUGCCGUACAUCCCAGAGGGCCAGUGGCUGUGCAGACACUGUCUGCAGUGCCCGUCACGGCCUGCGGAGUGCGUCUUCUGUCCCAACCGAGGCGGUGCCCUGAAGAAGACCGACGACGAUCGCUGGGGUCAUGUAGCGUGUGCUCUGUGGGUGCCUGAGGUCGGCUUCUCUGACACUGUUUUUAUCGAGCCCAUCGAUGGCGUUCGCAACAUCCCGCCAGCUCGCUGGAAGCUCACAUGUUACCUGUGUAAAGAGAAGGGUGCGGGAGCGUGCAUCCAGUGUGAUAAGAUGUACUGUUACACCGCCUUUCAUGUCAGCUGCGCCCAAAAGGCCGGUCUCUACAUGAAGAUGGAACCUGUGAAAGAGGUGACGGCUUCUGGCGCCGCCACCUUCUCUGUGAAAAAGACGGCCUUCUGCUGCAGCCACACACCCGAAGGCUGCGACCGCCGGCCGCUCAACAUCUACGAGGAGCCGCACCCGACGAACGGAGCCUGUCAGAAAAGGGCUGACAAGAGGGGGAAGGCCCGGGCCAAGAGCUGGCAGAAGAAGAAGAGUAAGAGAGCGGAGCCCGAACCAGAACCAGAACCUGAGACCCCCACCAACUCUGGCCCCAGUAUCACCGCUUCAAGCUUUGACACCAUCCUGAACCAGGUGGCGGUUCAGAGGAAGCGUCACUUCGUUGAGCGGGUGCUGAGCUACUGGGUGCAGAAGAGGCAGUCGAGGAACAAUGUGCCACUGAUCCGCCGGCUACAGGCCAACCCUCAGCCACCCAAAGCCAAGCAGAUGGACCGCGCGGAGACGAACCAGGCGCUGAAGGAGCAGCUGAAGGAGUGGCACCGCCUCCGCCACGACCUGGAGCGAGCUCGUCUCCUGCUGGAGCUCAUCAGGAAGAGAGAGAAGCUGAAGAGGGAAGAGUUGAAGCAGCAGCAGUCGGUGCUGGAGGUCCAGCUGACACCCUUCAACAUCCUGCUGAGAGCGGUGCUCAGUCAGCUGCAGGAAAAAGACCAGUACAGUAUCUUCGCUCAGCCCGUCAGCAGCAAGGAGGUUCCUGACUACCUGGACCACAUCAAGAACCCCAUGGACUUCUCCACCAUGAGGAAACGCAUCGACACUCACGAAUACAGGAGCCUGGAGGCGUUUGAGGAUGACUUCAACCUCAUCAUUGCCAACUGCAUGUCGUACAAUGCCAAGGACACGUUUUUCUACAAGGCAGCUCAGCGGAUGCAGGACCACGGCGGAGUCAUCCUCCGCAGGGCCCGCAGAGAGGCUGACAGAAUCGGCUUCGACUUUCCCAGCGGGUUGCAUCUGCCCGAAGCCCCAAAAUUGGAGUCACCGCCCCCCUUCUCCUGGGAGGACGUGGACCGUCUGCUGAGCCCCUCCUACCGUCAGCUGACUCCUCUGGAGGAUCAGCUGAAGGAGCUGCUGGAGAAGCUGGACCUCAGCACAGCCAUGAAGCACAGCCCAUCCCGGAGCAAGAGGCUCAAACUGCUGAAGAAGACUAUUAUGGAGGUCCGCAGCGAAAUGAGCCUGAAAAAGACCCUCCCAACACCCUCGCCUGACACGGCCCCCGCCAAGUCAAUGGAGGAACCACUACCUGAACCCCCGGCAGAGCCCUGUGCGCCACAGGGUGAUGAGUCUUUACCUCCGGCAACAUUAGAGCUGUUAACCUCACUGUCGCAGCUCGACACCUCGCCCAGUGACUCGGGGCCGCCCCCUCUGAAGACCAUUAAACCCAACAUGGACCAUACUCCCAUGGAGCUUGAUGGUGACACCGACACGUCUACCUCAGUGCCCCCGGACACCCCCAAUGGGCACAUCCCAGACCCACUGCUCCUCAACGGCAGCCUCCACAGCGGAGCCUCUGGCCCCUGCAACCGCCGGACCAACAGCCUCUUCCGCAAGUCCAAGAGUGCCAGCCCCCAGAAACCACCCAAGACCCAAGAGACAUCUCCUGUGUCGCCGCAGCCGCCCCUGGGCGCCAAAACCUUCCUGUCAGUGGUGAUCCCUCGACUGGAGACGCUCCUCCUGCCGAAGAAAAGAACACGCAGCAGCAGUGCCGAAGGCGAGGAGGAGGAUGAGGAGUCGCCAAUAAAACGACUUGGCACAGGAAUAGCAAACGGUUUUGUGGUGGAGGAGGAGGAAAUAUCACCGUCACCUCGUCAGCUGGAGCCUCGCCGGCGCUGUGCGUCCGAGUCAAGCAUCUCCUCCAGCGGAAGCGUCCUCUGCAGCACGAGCACCGUCAUUGUGUCUAAAAGUGGUAAAGGGCGACCACCGGCGGCUCGACGGAGCACCGUGGAUGACAAAAGCACUCUGAUGACCUGCAUAGAGAACGGAGAGUUCACCAAAGCUGCCAACAUCUCUUCCGAUCAUGGACCCCAGAGCGCGGAGGACAGUGUGUCAGCGCAACGGGGUGGAGCUUCCCCAGCCGCCGCAGGACGUUCUCAGAAUCGGAGAGCGGAUGCAGUUCAGGUCCGCAGAGAAACUCUUCCUCGUCCACUUCUUCGACAGCAAGCGCAGCUGGCAAUGGCUUCCUAGAUCCAAGAUGGCUCCCUUUGGGAUCAACCAGAUGCUCGACAAAAUCAAGCUGACGGAGGCUCGCUCCUCCUGCAUCCGAAAAGCUGUGCGGCUCGCAUUCGACCGAGCCAUGAACCACCUGAACCGUGUCAGUGGCG